AUGAACGUUAACCCUACCGCCUAUCCUGUGCACCAGAUGUCCCAGCAGCCUUACGGCUACCACGCGCCUGCCUCCAGACCUCCCCCCCAGACUCAGCCCCAGCAGUCGCCAGUGCACACCCAGUUCAUUCCGGCCUCUGGCUCUGGCUCUUUCCCCCCUAACAAGCAAUACCAUUUACAUCCUCAGCAACAGCCGCCACACCCGCUACCGCAGCCUCAACCCCCAUCCCUACAGCCGCAGCAGCCAUUCCCACCACAGCAACCCUAUCAGCAAUAUCAGCAGCCUUCGCAGCCGUUCUACGGCAACUCCGGAAACCUACAGUUCUCUGGAAAUGGUGUGAUGCCAUCCUCAGCCCAGAAUGUCUCCCCACAAGUAUACGUGUCUUCGUCCAACAGCCAGGCGGCUCCGUCGCUCAAGCCAUCCGAGGCGUCACUCCCAGUGACUCCAUCGCAGCACUCUCAAAGCAUGGCUGCUCCGGCUGCCAUGCCUGCAACAAACAAUCCAUAUUCACAGAGAUUCUCACCUCAAAACGAGGGCAUUGCACAGCAUUCACAUUCACAUAACCCUUCUUCAGGGCAAGCGCCAAACCAGCCGCAGACCAGUAGUCAGCAACCACAGUCGCCUCAAUCAGUGGCACGUGAGAAGGAGCGAGUCUCUGUCCUAUUGGAAAUCAAUUCGUAUUUAAUACAAGAAGUCGUCUCGUUGCAAGCACAAGGCAAGGCAGGAGGACCGCCAAGUUCACUGUCCCAACAAUCACCGACCCAAGAAACAGCAGCUGGAUCACCAGCAUCUGCAACGGACCCUUCGAAUCCGCUGAAUAACAGCCCCAUCGAUGCCACCAAACCUGCGGGAACCAAGCCGCCCAGUCAGGAAUACAUUGAAUGCAUGCGGCGCCUCCAGGCCAACCUCGCCUAUCUCGCCGCAAUCGCAGAUGCGAAGAAAAAAGCUGCUGGCUCCAUUCCGGCCACUCCUGCCAUCAUGGCGCCUCCGCCACACCUUUCCGAGGUGAAGGAGCUGUACAAGAAACUUAACAGCUUGUUCUUAGCUGCGGCGCAGUCGGCCGGCACCAAGCCCAUGCUGGGGUCAGGGCCACGGCCACAGAACGUCGGCUGA